AUGAAGUAUAUCACAAUUUACAACAUAUUAGGAAUAAUUAUAGCACUAACUGCACUCACAACUAGUUACUUAUAUUAUUUUACAAAUAGAAAAAUGUAUCUACUAAUAUCAGCACUUUUCCAAUCUUUUUUUCUUUUAGAAAUAUUAAAUAUUAAGUUACACAGAAGUAAUGCUAGAUACAAACCUACGGUAAUACAACUAUUUUUUAGAAUGUUUAUUAUUUGGAUUGUUUUUUAUUUUUAUGAAUGUACUACUAAUUUUUUCUGUGUAGUUACAUUUACUUGGUAUUUUACUGAUUGUAUAAGAUAUUUGUAUUAUUUAACUAGAAACACAUAUGUUAAAUUUUUAAGAUACAACUUAUUUAUUAUUUUUUAUCCAAUAAGUAUUUACAUAGAAUUUCAAUCAAUGUUUAAUGUUCUAACAAAACUAAAAGGAAUAUUUAAAUAUUUAUUUCUUUCAUUUAUAAUUUUAUACAUUCCUUGUAUUAUCUUUUUAAUAUUACACAUGUUUAAGCAGAGAAAGUGGGCUAAUAAGAAGCACAUAAAAUCUUUGUAA